CUCAUCUUGCACCGUAUGAAGGAUAUUGGGAUCAAGAGUUCUCAGACCUCCUGGGUCCAGGGCAUCUAGUAUAAAGGCCGUGAAAUGGCAUCACUUUGUUUGGGAAGAAUAACUACACAUUCUGCUCAUCAUGAAGGUCCAAAUCGCCAUAACGCUUCUUGUUCCAACAGCCCUUGGCCUCAUCUCCGUCCCCGAUUCCCCGCCCAACUUUGCCAGCGAUCCUAUUCCCAAGGAUCUCUCGUCGUUUUCAAUCGAGCUUUCAUCAUUUCCCAACUAUGCUGGAAACACUUCGAUUCCAAAUGACUUCUCAUACAAUCUGCUAUCCAACCUGAAGGAGCUUACGGGAGUCUGGCCCAAGGUCAGAGUGGGGGGGACAACGCAGGACAAAUCAUUGUUUGAUCCAGACCAGGCUGAAGCUAUAAAGCUUUAUUUUGACAAGCCUGGCGACGACCAACCAUCGCGUGCAACAUACGGACCGGCCUUUUUUGAGUCAUACCAAACAUGGGAGGGCGUCAAGUUCAUCCAUGGCUUCAACUUCAACUAUAAUGGUUCCGACGCUACUGAACAACUCCAAUCGGUGUCUUCUGCAGCCUGUACUGCUAUGGGUCAACGUCUCUUCCUCUCCGAACUGGGAAAUGAAAUCGACUUUGCACCUGGAUGGCCCAAUUUCUACCGUUCCCCGAACUGGACUAUGGCGGACUAUGUGAAAGAAUGGAAUUGGAAGACAGAUGUUAUGGCCAAGUCUAUUAAGGAGAGCUGUCCGGACGUUACGACUGAUUUUAUCGCGCCUAGUUUCAUCUGGACUAAUCUUACCGGACGAGCUCCAUGGAAUCCAGCGGAUGCUUUUAAGUUGGGGCUGGGAGAUAAUGGGCUUGUCAGUGAGAUUGGCGUGCACAACUAUAUGAACGCUGACUCAAAGGAACGUUUCGGUGUCGACAAUGAAGAUCUACAGGAACUGCUCAUGAACCACUCGAGCAUCGUCGGCUCCCUAGGUCCUCAUAUAGAGCUCGCCAGGAACCUAUCCGACCUAGGCCUCCCGUACAUUCUUAGCGAAACAAACAGCAUCGCAGGGCAGGGACGAAUCAACAAGACAGACGUCUUGGGUGAUGCCCUUUGGCUGGUUGAUUAUACACUCUGGGCUGGAGCCCAUGGUGUAAAACGGAUUCAUUUCCACCAAGGGAUGAAUUAUCGCUAUGCAUCGUGGCAGCCGAUGGAGAGCAACGGGACUCUGCCUACGACUCGGCCGCCUUAUUAUGGGCAUAUCAUGGCGUCGCAUGCACUUGGGAACUCUAGUGACACACGCAUCGCAAAUAUCCCUCUGAAGGAAGAUACAGAAUCCGCAUACGCUAUAUACGACGACAAUUCUCUCUCUCGCAUCGCCAUCCUCAACAUGCAAGAGUCGUUUGCCAAUGCCACCAGCCGCCCUACCGAGAAGUAUACCGUCAAAGUCCCCAAUCAUUUCCACAGAGCAAGGGUGGAUAGACUCAUCGCACCAGGAAGCGACUCUCGUACGAACAUCACAUUCGGCGGUGUUUCGUACGACUAUACUCGAUCACGGGGCCACCCUGUUGUGUUGAAUUCGCCAGAGUACGCGGCCAUCAAAGAUGGAAUGCUGCAGAUAGCAGUUCCUGCCUCUUCAGCUGUGCUUCUUACCCUCGAUGGUUAGGGAUACGCGUUGUGUGCAAUACUCGGGGAUCCCCGUGUAACGCAGAUGUUUCGGAGUCCUCAAGUCUAUCUGUCAUUUAGGAAUAUUGUGUCACAUGCCCUUGCAUGAUGACGUUUCGCUGAAACUAUCAAUUCUGAAUUUAUGUUUUAGUGACGGUAUACCAGUACUCUAGCACAGCUUUCAAUGUUUGUAGUAUUGUAUCCCACCAUCCACCCUAUACUAUCAAAUGCACAUUUCCCUAGAAUCUAUACAAAUCGAGACUAUAUGAUAAUGGUAUAUUUGAGAGGAGAGAAACCAUAGCACUACUGGUAAAACAGCCAUUUGAUAAUCCGCGCUCGAUGGCCUUUUUUCAGCAGUCCCCUUGCUGCCUCUCGAAUCUCCUCGGCGUUUCCAGUCACGUCAGAUAUGCCCCUCUCCGCCAUGA